CUAAUUAUCAAAGUGUCAAUCAAGCCGUUUCAUAAAGGUUUUUCCAGAGACCAUAAAAUGUUGGUGUUGAGGUUUUUUGGAGACCUAUGAAACUCAUGUAGGGAACCACUUCAUGAAGUAUUUGCACAGAAUAAGCUCCAAUAAUAAUAAUAAGAAGAAGAAGAAGAAGAAAGGAUAAAAUCGGUAAGAAUAACAAUAAAUAAAAUAAAUAGCAGCUAAAUAAAGUUUCAGAGCUAGUUAAAGGCUGAGGUGAAAGGACAAGAGAGGGAGUCAGGCUGUUGAGCCCCGGGGCCCCACAAUCAUUCAGUCCGCCCCUGAAGAUCAGUCCAGGCAGCUGAAAGCUCCGGUUCAACCUGAGAGAGGAGGAGGAGGAGGAGUCAGUGCGCGCGACGGAGACUCACCUCUACAGUACCUGUCUUCGCUCACUGAGGACAGGAUGUAACCUUAAUGUCCAUGUCCAGAGAUUUCAAUGACUGACGAACCGUCGGGAUUCACACAGGUAAUAUUCCAAUGAGGAUUACUGCGCGCGCGGCCAGGUAUUACCAAAGCGCGCCACAUGAAGGAUGAAGGCGGCGCGUUGACACCGGCAGCUGCCUGUUGAUCCGCUCCGGACUUCCCCUCCACCUGAGCACGAGGACUCCGGAGCCGGGCUGAGAGGCUGCUGCAGAUGGCGCCGGAAAUGACAGCAGCAACCUUCUCUGUCCUGGAGCUCGUCCACAUGAGGCCAGGAGAGGUCUGGGUUUCCGCCAGACCCAACUGAUCCGCCAUCUCUCCGUCACUCUCAGGUGCAAAGGGGAGGCAACAUGUCUGUGACCUGCCGGAAAGCGAGGGUGUGCUACGUGAUGAUGCUCAACGUCUUCCUCUGCGUCCUGAUCGGCGUGUUACGUAACCACGGGCACGACAAAGGUGACCGCCGUGUGAUUCGAAUCCCGACCGAGACGUUUUGGCGGCAACACGCAGUGAGCGCAUCGUUCUGGAACAAGGAGCAGCAGCGCCUGGACUUCAUCUACAACCCCGUCAUCAACUCCGCGAUCUCCGGUAACUCCAUCGCCGAGCUGCCGGAUUGGCUGAACGACACCGGGCCCCUCGACCCCUGUGAACCAGACUACAGAGUCCCCACGCAGAUCGUGGACUACAACACGCUCCCGAAGCAAUUACAGGAUUUUCUUUUGCACAUGCGCUGCAGGACGUACCCCAUGAUGAUAAACCAGCGCCGCGUCUGUGACGAGAAACCCUUCCUGCUGUUGGCGGUCAAAUCCCUGACCCCGCAUUUUGACCGUCGGCAGGCUAUUCGUGAAACCUGGGGACGGGCGGGCGUCUUAGCCAAUCGGACCGUGGCGACCGUGUUCCUGCUCGGCGACACCAUGUCAGUGGACCACUUCCCAGACCUGCUGGGUAUGGUGGGCCACGAGGCGAACCUCCACAAAGACCUCCUCCAGUGGGACUAUCGGGACACCUUCUUCAACCUCACCCUGAAGGAGGUCCUCUUCCUGGAGUGGUUCAGCCAAAACUGUCCCCAGGCCCAGUACGUCCUCCAGGGCGACGACGACGUCUUUGUCAACACUUUGCGAAUUAUCGACUUCCUGGAAGGCCUGUCGGAGGUCAAGGCGAAGGAUUUGUUCAUAGGCGAUGUCAUCAGCAACGCGGGUCCACACCGAGACAAAAAACUGAAGUACUUCAUCCCUGAGAGCGUGUUUGUGGGCCGGUACCCGCCCUACGCCGGCGGCGGAGGUUAUCUGUACUCUGGGGAGUUGGCGCUACGCCUUCACAACAUCUCUCAACAGGUCGUCCUGUAUCCCAUCGAUGACGUGUAUACGGGGAUGUGUCUGAGGAAGCUGGGUCUGGUUCCCGAGAAGCACAGUGGGUUCAGGACCUUUGACAUUGAGGAGAAGUACAGGUACAACAGCUGCAUCUACAGGAGCCUGAUGCUGGUUCACAGCCGGACGCCGCAGGAGAUGUUGAAGAUCUGGUCGUGGAUCGUCCGUCCGGAGCUGGAGUGCCAGUGAACGCCGUCAAUGAUUGUUCGAAUAUAACCUUUUUAAAUUAUUUUAAAUCCUGAACAACCUCUGUGUUAAUUUUUUUUAAAGAAAUUUAAAUAAUUUAUUAACUGUAUUUUAAAGUCGACUGUAUUUGUGAAUAAUUUCUUUUCCAUAAGUUUUAUAUUCACAUAAAAGAAAGGAGCAUAUUUGGCAUCAUUUUCCCCCACUGCCGCUAAUGUCAGCAAGAUAGCGUGUGUGGAGGAUACCCCAAUGUCUGCACAUGCUAACUGCUAACACAUAUAAACAUAAGGUUAGCAUGCAGCAGGCUAAUGUUAGAGUGUGGUACGCUGCAUUUGGAAAGUUUCUCAUGUUUGGGACUCGCAGUCGUCAUUGGACAACUGAAGACAGAUGUGUAAUUUCAGAGUUGGUCGUGUCAGGGUUAAAAAUAAUGUGUAUCAACACUUUAACACUAUAUCCAUCAUAUUGGGUUUAAUUACCCUGUUUUUGAGCUUUCCUUAAACUCGAUGUAAUGUGGUUAAACGUCCAAUGCGUUAGGAUUUAGUGGCAUCUAGUGGUGAGGUUGUAGAUUGCAACCAGCUGCGACCAAGCGUGUAGGAGAACCUACGGCGGCCUUCAGGUAACAUAAAAAUGCCUAGUCUGUGUCUAGAGUCGGUGUUUGGUUUGUUCGUUCAGGGCUACUGUAGAAACAUGGCGGUGCAACAUGGCGGGCUCCAUGGACGCUAUGUAGAUAUGAAGGGCUCAAUCUGAGCUAACGUACGUGAUUACGAAUAUUCAAUUUCUGCCAAUAGAUUCUACUAAAUCCUACACACUGGUCCUUCAAGAAUUAUGUUGUGCUCUGUAUGCUACAUGCUAAUGCUACCACUGCUAUGUUAUCAUGGUACUGCUAAUGUUUGUAUAUGUGCAGCUAGCAUGCGUGCAGGUUGAUUAUUUCGCCCAUAUAAACUCUGAAUCAGUUUUUGGUUGACGUGCUCUUCCUCCUGUUCAUACAACACAUUACAAAGAUCCCUUCCUCAUGUCAUUCAGCGUGAGUGAGUCCUCGCUCUGAGAGAAAGUCUAUUCAACGCUUUAUCUAAAGGUCAAAUGAGUCAAAACAAGUGGUGAUCUUCCAAAUUCGCACUUUUAUUACAAAAUUCCCUCUUUUUAAUUUUAGUGUUUCUGUGCAGUCGAGGAAUUGAAACACAAAGGGACCAAAGAAACUGUAAAUAUGUAAAAUAUUAACUCUUUUUAUUAACUCACUUGCUCAUAUUAGCUUAGCUGAACUUUUGGAUAUAAGUUGUACAGUGAACGCAGACUGUGGAAGGGAUUUCUGCAUGGCCAGUAUGGACAGGAGGGGGGGUGCAUGUCUGUCUGUCUCCAUGUGACUUCACAUCACGUGAGCCACUCUGCAAAUUAGCAGCAUUAUCACGUGCGUGUUGAUUUUCCAGUGGAUAUUAUUCAUGUUUACAGACAUUUUUCAAUAUGCACCGUGCUCAUGUAUUAAAAGCUAAAGAGAGAUGAUGGGAGAUUUAAUCUCGAUGGUUUAAUGAUAUUUAAUAAGCCACUACAAGGACAGCAUAGAUCUCCACAGACUUUCUAAUUUCACAUUUGUACAGUAAAAAUGAAAAAACGCUCUGUAUUCUUUGUUUUUAACAUCCCAACUGUUGCUGCUGUUACUGAGAAUUGAUCCUGUAUAUUUGUAUUUGUAUUGACGAAGGACCAAGUCAUUGUCUGUUCUGUAGUUUGUUUAUAUUUUUCUUUAUAGUUUAUGGUUUUUUCCCUUCAUGAGUAAAAUUAAAAAUAAUCUUUUUGUGUCUUGUAUGUAUAAUUGUGUUGUUUUUUUGUUUUUUUAUAAAUAAAAUAUAAGCAAAAAUUGAA